AUGAACUGGGCAUCCCUGCAGGGCCUCCUGAGCGGGGUCAACAAGUACUCCACGGCGCUGGGCCGCAUCUGGCUGUCAGUAGUGUUCAUCUUCCGCGUGCUGGUGUACGUGGUGGCCGCGGAGGAGGUGUGGGACGAUGAGCAGAAGGACUUCGUCUGCAACACCAAGCAGCCCGGCUGCCCCAACGUCUGCUACGACGAGUUCUUCCCCGUGUCCCACGUGCGCCUCUGGGCCCUGCAGCUCAUCCUGGUCACCUGCCCCUCGCUGCUCGUGGUCAUGCACGUGGCCUACCGCCAGGAGCGGGAGCGGAAGCACCGCCUGAAGCACGGCCCCAAUGCCCCGACCCUGUACGACAACCCCAGCAAGAAGCGGGGCGGGCUCUGGUGGACGUACUUGCUGAGUCUCAUUUUCAAGGCUGCCGUCGACUCUGCCUUCCUCUACAUCUUCCACCGCCUCUACCAGGACUACGACAUGCCGCGGGUGGUGGCUUGCUCUGAGUCCCCUUGCCCCCACACGGUGGACUGCUACAUCUCCCGACCCACAGAGAAGAAGGUCUUCACCUACUUCAUGGUGGCCACAGCUGUGAUCUGCAUCCUGCUCAACCUCAGUGAGGUCGUCUACCUGGUGGGCAAGCGGUGCCUGGAGACCUUCAGCCCAAAGCGUCGGCGGUCUCCGCGCCGGGAUCACCUGCUCGACACAUGCCCCCCCUAUGUCCUCUCCCAGAGAGAGCACCCCCAAGAUGGGAACUCUGUCCUAAUGAAGGCUGGGUCAGCCACGAUGGAUGCAGGUGGGUUUCCAUAA